AUGAUGCGAGCAGCUUGCAGCCUUUUUCGGCAAACUCAUCGUUCCUUUCCGGCGAUCAGUUGUUGCAAAUAUUUACAAUAUGACUGCUUUGCCGAUCGACAUAUUGGGCCAUCGGAUUUGGAAAAACAAAUUAUGCUUCAUUAUUUAGGCUAUAAAGAUUUAGAUGAAUUAACAAAUACUAAUGUACCUGAAGUAAUUAAAUUUAAAAGAGCUUUGGAUCUACCUCGGCCACUUGAUGAGGCUCGUAUGCUUACUGAACUGAGAGAAAUAGCCAAAAAAAACAAAAUUUACAAAUCGUUCAUCGGGAUGGGCUAUUAUGACUGUAUUGUACCAUCGGUGAUUUUACGAAAUAUCAUUCAGAAUGCAGGAUGGUUAGUUGUUAAACCACUGAAUAUCCAGCUCGCGGAACUAGACAUUAACAAUCCCAAACUUGAUUAUAGCGUUUCCGCUAUCAUCGUUCAGUAUCCUAAUACUGAAGGUGCUGUUAUUGACCUAACGGAACUGAUACGUAUGACGCAUGAAAAUAAAAGUCUUGUUAUCUUGGUCUGUGAUCUGCUAUCGCUUACAUUAAUUCGUUCUCCUGGCGAUCUGGAAGCAGAUGUUGCUGUUGGCAGCGCGCAACGAUUUGGUGUACCGCUGGGAUAUGGUGGACCACAUGCUGGUUUUAUGGCAGUCAGAAAGAUUGACCAUAAGAAUUCUCUUGCACGUGCAAUGCCUGGACGUAUAGUUGGUGUUAGUAAGGGCUCUAACGGCGAAAUUGCUUAUCGGCUUGCUUUACAAACUCGUGAACAACAUAUUAGACGUGAUAAAGCGACAUCAAAUAUCUGUACGGCACAAGCACUGUUGGCUAAUAUGGCUGCAAUGUAUGCGGUGUAUCAUGGGCCUAAAAGGCUUACAACGAUUGCUCGCAACGUCCAUAAGGCUACUGCAUAUUUCGCAUACAGACUGCGCGGAACUGAGAACGAAGUUUUACAUACGGAAUUUUUUGACACUCUUAAAAUACGCCCGAAAAACUUGGAAGAAGUUAAGCGAAAGUGUGGAGAGCAGCACAUGAAUUUAAGAUACUACGAUGAUAAAUGUGUUGGAAUUGCGAUGGACGAGACAACUGGUCCAGAAAAUGUUGCUGCUCUUCUGAAUGCAUUUGGUAUUGAAGCGACGCCAGAUGAAUGUGAAGUUGGUAUUGCUGAAUCUACUGGUCCUCUGAUCGGGAACUCUCCUCAUACGCGUAGCAGUGAAUUUCUUACACACCCGGUUUUUAACAACUAUCACAGCGAAACGGAACUUGUACGUUACAUGAAACGUUUGGAGAACAAAGAUGUAUCGUUGGUUCAUUCGAUGAUACCGCUCGGAUCCUGUACAAUGAAGAUGAAUGCUAGCGCUGAACUUAUUCCUAUUACUUGGCCAGAAUUUGCUGCGCUACAUCCAUUUGUUCCUCAAGAUCAGGCAGAGGGAUACAUGAAAAUGUUUCAUGAUUUAGAGGAAUGGUUAUGUGAAAUUACUGGCUAUGAUAAAGUUUGUUUGCAACCAAACAGCGGUGCAAACGGUGAAUAUGCUGGUCUGUUGACAAUUCGUAAUUAUCACAAAGCGCAAGGACAAGGUCAACGGAAUAUUUGUUUGAUUCCUACGUCUGCACAUGGAACAAAUCCAGCUAGCGCACAUAUGGCUAACAUGAAGGUUAUUCCCAUUGAAGCGGAUAGACACGGAAAUAUCAGCUAUAAAGACUUGUCUGCCAAAGCAGAAAAAUACAAAAAUGAACUAGCAGCAUGCAUGGUAACGUAUCCGUCGACACACGGUGUUUUUGAAUCGGUGAUUGCUGAUGUGUGUGCAAAAAUUCAUGAAAGUGGUGGACAAAUCUAUUUAGAUGGAGCAAAUCUGAAUGCACAGGUGGGCUUAUGUCGUCCCGGUGACUAUGGUAGCGAUGUUUCUCACUUGAAUUUGCAUAAAACUUUUGCUAUUCCUCAUGGUGGUGGUGGACCGGGUGUUGGACCUAUUGGAGUAAAGGCACAUCUUGCUCCGUAUUUACCUGGUCACUCGGUGGUACCAGUGGAUGGUCGUAAAAAUGGCGCCGUCAGCGCUGCUCCAUACGGUUCCAGCAGCGUAAUGCCAAUCACUUGGGCAUAUAUUCGGAUGAUGGGAGGACCGGGUCUAAAACAGGCUACACAAAUGGCAGUGUUAAAUGCUAAUUAUAUGGCAAAAAGACUUGAAGGAGCGUACAGAAUUGUUUACAAAGAUGAACAAGGUUUAGUAGCUCAUGAAUUCAUCUUAGACUGUAAGGAUUUCAAGAAAACUGCCGGUGUUGAAGUUAACGAUAUCGCUAAACGACUGAUGGACUAUGGUUUUCAUUCGCCGACGAUGUCAUUUCCGGUUCAUGACUGUCUCAUGAUUGAACCAACUGAAAGUGAAAGCAAAGGUGAAAUGGAUCGCUUGGUCGAUUCUUUGUUAGCUAUACGACAGGAAAUAACGAUGAUUGAAAAUGGUGAACUGGACAGGGAUUGCAAUCCGUUGAAGAUGGCUCCGCACACUUUACCAGUGGUUACGUCGUCGAAAUGGGAUAGACCAUAUUCAAGAGAGUUGGCAGCUUUUCCAAAACCGUGGUGCUACUCAAAAAUAUGGCCAACUGUUGGACGUAUUGAUGAUCAAUAUGGCGAUAGGAAUUUGAUGUGUAUGUGUCCACCAGUUGAAGCUUAUGCUCAGUAA